AUGAUUGAGGCCCUCGCCGCGGCGGUGGCAGCGCGUAGGCCCCAGGGUCAAGACUCAGAUGUCCACGACACGCCUCCAACCUGUCCUCAGUCUUGGCCCGCUCAGUGUGGAGCUUGCCAAGCCUUUGUCUUCUCAGCCGGGUCUCGGUGGCUGCCAAUUUUCCAGAACUGGAGUCAGAAUGGCAAGCUUUCAAAAACUCGGACGAACCAGAAGGGCUCUGACCUGGGAUCUUUCAUCUUCUUCUUCUUGGCUGCCGGGUUCCGAGCUCCGCUCUCGCCCUUCCAGCCUCUGUACAAACUUUUCUCCUGCUCCAAGUUUCCCUGGAGGAGGCGGGACACACAGUGCGCGGCCCGGGCGCCCAUUGGCCGGUCGGGAAGGAGGCGGGGCGUGUCCUCCUUCCUCUGCGCCGCGAGGCCGCGCACCGGGCUGGAGGCGGGGCUCCGAGCGGCGCGCGAGGGCCGGUUCCCCGCGGCUUGCCCCGCCUCCUCGGGGCUGGGGUCGCGAAGACGUGGGCGCGCCCCUCAGGCUAGGGUGCCGAGUGCCGCCGUCGGCGGGGACCCAGGGAAGACGUGGUGCUCUCCCUGGAACCCUCUUAUCCACUGCGAGCUCGGCUUCCACAGGGGACUAACUCUGAAACCAGCAUCUCUUCUGCCCCAUUGCCUCCCGCCCCGAGUGAGCUAUUUCUCGCACCUUCUGCACGUGGAUCUCAACAUCUGGGUGCUGGGAAAGGAGGUCGGCUGCUUUAGAACUCCACCUUAGAGCGGCCCAGAGAGAGAGACAGCCAGCGAGAGAGGGAACACAAGCAGGGGGAGUGGGAGAGGAAGAAGCA